AUGUCCUCAGCCCCGCUGCCUCCCUCCGCUUCCAGUCGGCGCCUAAACAGCGAGGGAAGACGAGAUGCUCUCCCCGUCUGUCAGCUUAGAUACCGGUGUCAUAAUUCGGAUUCCAACGGUGUCAGUGAAGGCAGCAUCUGCCUCUGCUCCAAGUCCCCCCCUGACGCACAGGCGCACUGGCCUCCUGCAAGCAAGAUGAGCAAGUACUACUUUGUGAGCGCACCACUGAAUUGGACUGAAGCACAGAGCUACUGCAGACAGGUCUACACUGACCUGGCCACCAUAGAAAACACAGCUGACGUCAGUGCUGUUAACAGUGUCACAUCAAACGACACAGGCAAGGCUUGGAUAGGUCUCUAUGAUGACUUGGUAAAUAGUUGGAGAUGGUCUCUGAAUGACAGCAGCUUCUACGGUGAAGGAGAGACGGAGUAUAGAAACUGGGAUACUAUUACUGAUGAACCCAACAAUCUUGAUGGGCAACAGUACUGUGUGCAGCUUUAUGGUUCCUACUCUGGCACAUGGGGAGACACUGAAUGCAGCAACGAACUACCCUUUGUGUGCUACAACGGAGCACUGGUCAGUGUUGCCUCUAAUCCAUCUCGUCAGUACUACUUUGUGAGCACACCACUGAAUUGGACUGAAGCACAGAGCUACUGCAGACAGGUCUACACUGACCUGGCCACCAUAGAAAACACAGCUGACGUCAGUGCUGUUAACAGCGUUGCAUCAAACGGCACAGGUACAGUAAAUGGCGCUGCAUCCUUUGUUUUGGUCAACACAAAUUUAAAUUGGACUGAAGCUCAGAGCUACUGCAGGGAGAAUUAUGUGGAUCUACCCAGCAUAAGAAAUGAGACAGAAAAUAACAUCAUCACAAACCUGACAGGUGGAUUAUUUGUGUGGAUUGGUCUUCAUCGAGAAAAAGUAUGGUCUGAUGGGAGCGACUCUCUGUUUCGAAACUGGGCCAGCUUGCAGCCAGGCUCCAGCACAGAACGAUGUGUCACCACAUCCUUUAAUGACUCAGGACAGUGGUUUGAUGAUGACUGCUCCAUCAAAUUUCCAUUCAUCUGUUACAAACCAAUUCCACCCAAUGCAAAAAACUUGAAAACGAUAAAACAAGAUGAGACCAGCAUCACCCUGCAGUGGAAUAAAGUGAACGAUAAUGCCAGUUUUAUUCUCCAGUUUGAUGGUACAGAGAUAAACAUCACUGCACCAGAUGGAGAUGGAGCAGUAACUCACACAGUCUCAUCUCUCACUGCUGGAACUAAAUACACAUUCACUCUCUUCUCUGUGCUUGACAAUGUCAGAAGCAGUGGAAUAAACAUCACUGCAGUUACUGCCCCUCCAAACACAAACAGUUUCACAUCAACGGGACAAAAUGAGACCAGCAUCACUCUGCAGUGGAAUAAAGUGAACAACACUGGCAGCUUUAUUCUCCAGUUUGAUGGUGCAGAGAUAAACAUCACUGCACCAGAUGGAGAUGGAGCAGUAACUCACACAGUCUCAUCUCUCACUGCUGGAACUAAAUACACAUUCACUCUCUUCUCUGUGCUUGACAAUGUCAGAAGCAGUGGAAUAAACAUCACUGCAGUCACUGCCCCUCCAAACACAAACAGUUUCACAUCAACAGGACAAAAUGAGACCAGCAUCACUCUGCAGUGGAAUAAAGUGAACAACACUACCAGCUUUAUUCUCCAGUUUGAUGGUACAGAGAUAAACAUCACUGCACCAGAUGGAGAUGGAGCAUUAACUCACACAGUCUCAUCUCUCACUGCUGGAACUACAUACACUUUCACUCUCUUCUCUGUGUUUGAGAACAUCAGAAGCAGUGGAGUAAACAUCACUGCAGUCACUGCUCCUCUAAAUGCAGAAAGUUUCAGGUCAAUAGGACAAAAUGAGACCAGCAUCACUCUGCAGUGGAAUAAAGUGAACAACACUACCAGCUUUAUUCUCCAGUUUGAUGGUGCAGAGAUAAACAUCACUGCACCAGAUGGAGAUGGAGCAGUAACUCACACAGUCUCAUCUCUCACUGCUGGAACUAAAUACACAUUCACUCUCUUCUCUGUGUUUGAGAACAUCAGAAGCAGUGGAGUAAACAUCACUGCAGUCACUGCUCCUCCAAACACAAACAGUUUCACAUCAACAGGACAAAAUGAGACCAGCAUCACUCUGCAGUGGAAUAAAGUGAACAACACUACCAGCUUUAUUCUCCAGUUUGAUGGUACAGAGAUAAACAUCACUGCACCAGAUGGAGAUGGAGCAGUAACUUACACAGUCUCAUCUCUCACUGCUGGAACUAAAUACACAUUCACUCUCUUCUCUGUGUUUGAGAACAUCAGAAGCAGUGGAGUAAACAUCACUGCAGUCACUGCUCCUCAGAAUGCAGAGAGCUUCAAAUCAACAGGACAAAAUGAGACCAGCAUCACUCUACAGUGGAAUAAAGUGAACAACAAUACCAGCUUUAUUCUCCAGUUUGAUGGUACAGAAAUAAACAUCACUGCACCAGAUGGAGAUGGAGCAGUAACUCACACAGUGUCAUCUCUCACUGCUGGAACUAAAUACACAUUCACUCUCUUCUCUGUGUUUGAGAACAUCAGAAGCAGUGGAGUAAACAUCACUGCAGUCACUGCUCCUCUAAAUGCAGAAAGUUUCAGGUCAAUAGGACAAAAUGAGACCAGCAUCACUCUGCAGUGGAAUAAAGUGAACAACACUACCAGCUUUAUUCUCCAGUUUGAUGGUGCAGAGAUAAACAUCACUGCACCAGAUGGAGAUGGAGCAGUAACUCACACAGUCUCAUCUCUCACUGCUGGAACUAAAUACACAUUCACUCUCUUCUCUGUGUUUGAGAACAUCAGAAGCAGCGGAGUAAACAUCACUGCAGUCACUGCUCCUCAGAAUGCACAAGCCUUCAAGUCAACAGGUCAAGAUGAGACCAGCAUCACUCUGCAGUGGAAUAAAGUGAACAACACUACCAUCUUUAUUCUCCAGUUUGAUGGUACAGAGAUAAACAUCACUGCACCAGAUGGAGAUGGAGCAGUAACUCACACAGUGUCAUCUCUCACUGCUGGAACUAAAUACACAUUCACUCUCUUCUCUGUGUUUGAGAACAUCAGAAGCAGUGGAGUAAACAUUACUGCAGUCACUGCUCCUCCAAACACAAACAGUUUCACAUCAACAGGACAAAAUGAGACCAGCAUCACUCUGCAGUGGAAUAAAGUGAACAACACUGGCAGCUUUAUUCUCCAGUUUGAUGGUACAGAGAUAAACAUCACUGCACCAGAUGGAGAUGGAGCAGUAACUUACACAGUCUCAUCUCUCACUGCUGGAACUAAAUACACAUUCACUCUCUUCUCUGUGUUUGAGAACAUCAGAAGCAGUGGAGUAAACAUCACUGCAGUCACUGCUCCUCAGAAUGCAGAGAGCUUCAAAUCAACAGGACAAAAUGAGACCAGCAUCACUCUACAGUGGAAUAAAGUGAACAACAAUACCAGCUUUAUUCUCCAGUUUGAUGGUACAGAGAUAAACAUCACUGCACCAGAUGGAGAUGGAGCAGUAACUCACACAGUGUCAUCUCUCACUGCUGGAACUAAAUACACAUUCACUCUCUUCUCUGUGUUUGAGAACAUCAGAAGCAGUGAAGUAAACAUCACUGCAGUCACUGCUCCUCUAAAUGCAGAAAGUUUCAGGUCAAUAGGACAAAAUGAGACCAGCAUCACUCUGCAGUGGAAUAAAGUGAACAACACUACCAGCUUUAUUCUCCAGUUUGAUGGUGCAGAGAUAAACAUCACUGCACCAGAUGGAGAUGGAGCAGUAACUCACACAGUCUCAUCUCUCACUGCUGGAACUAAAUACACAUUCACUCUCUUCUCUGUGUUUGAGAACAUCAGAAGCAGUGGAGUAAACAUCACUGCAAUCACUGCUCCUCAGAAUGCACAAGCCUUCAAGUCAACAGGUCAAGAUGAGACCAGCAUCACUCUGCAGUGGAAUAAAGUGAACAACACUACCAUCUUUAUUCUCCAGUUUGAUGGUACAGAGAUAAACAUCACUGCACCAGAUGGAGAUGGAGCAGUAACUCACACAGUGUCAUCUCUCACUGCUGGAACUAAAUACACAUUCACUCUCUUCUCUGUGUUUGAGAACAUCAGAAGCAGUGGAGUAAACAUUACUGCAGUCACUGCUCCUCCAAACACAAACAGUUUCACAUCAACAGGACAAAAUGAGACCAGCAUCACUCUGCAGUGGAAUAAAGUGAACAACACUACCAGCUUUAUUCUCCAGUUUGAUGGUACAGAGAUAAACAUCACUGCACCAGAUGGAGAUGGAGCAGUAACUUACACAGUCUCAUCUCUCACUGCUGGAACUAAAUACACAUUCACUCUCUUCUCUGUGUUUGAGAACAUCAGAAGCAGUGGAGUAAACAUCACUGCAGUCACUGCUCCUCAGAAUGCAGAGAGCUUCAAAUCAACAGGACAAAAUGAGACCAGCAUCACUCUACAGUGGAAUAAAGUGAACAACAAUACCAGCUUUAUUCUCCAGUUUGAUGGUACAGAGAUAAACAUCACUGCACCAGAUGGAGAUGGAGCAGUAACUCACACAGUGUCAUCUCUCACUGCUGGAACUAAAUACACAUUCACUCUCUUCUCUGUGUUUGAGAACAUCAGAAGCAGUGGAGUAAACAUCACUGCAGUCACUGCUCCUCUAAAUGCAGAAAGUGUCAGGUCAAUAGGACAAAAUGAGACCAGCAUCACUCUGCAGUGGAAUAAAGUGAACAACACUACCAGCUUUAUUCUCCAGUUUGAUGGUGCAGAGAUAAACAUCACUGCACCAGAUGGAUAUGGAGCAGUAACUCACACAGUCUCAUCUCUCACUGCUGGAACUAAAUACACAUUCACUCUCUUCUCUGUGUUUGAGAACAUCAGAAGCAGUGGAGUAAACAUCACUGCAGUCACUGCUCCUCAGAAUGCACAAGCCUUCAAGUCAACAGGUCAAAAUGAGACCAGCAUCACUCUGCAGUGGAAUAAAGUGAACAACACUACCAUCUUUAUUCUCCAGUUUGAUGGUACAGAGAUAAACAUCACUGCACCAGAUGGAGAUGGAGCAGUAACUCACACAGUGUCAUCUCUCACUGCUGGAACUAAAUACACAUUCACUCUCUUCUCUGUGUUUGAGAACAUCAGAAGCAGUGGAGUAAACAUUACUGCAGUCACUGCUCCUCCAAACACAAACAGUUUCACAUCAACAGGACAAAAUGAGACCAGCAUCACUCUGCAGUGGAAUAAAGUGAACAACACUACCAGCUUUAUUCUCCAGUUUGAUGGUACAGAGAUAAACAUCACUGCACCAGAUGGAGAUGGAGCAGUAACUUACACAGUCUCAUCUCUCACUGCUGGAACUAAAUACACAUUCACUCUCUUCUCUGUGUUUGAGAACAUCAGAAGCAGUGGAGUAAACAUCACUGCAGUCACUGCUCCUCAGAAUGCAGAGAGCUUCAAAUCAACAGGACAAAAUGAGACCAGCAUCACUCUACAGUGGAAUAAAGUGAACAACAAUACCAGCUUUAUUCUCCAGUUUGAUGGUACAGAGAUAAACAUCACUGCACCAGAUGGAGAUGGAGCAGUAACUCACACAGUGUCAUCUCUCACUGCUGGAACUAAAUACACAUUCACUCUCUUCUCUGUGUUUGAGAACAUCAGAAGCAGUGGAGUAAACAUCACUGCAGUCACUGCUCCUCUAAAUGCAGAAAGUUUCAGGUCAAUAGGACAAAAUGAGACCAGCAUCACUCUGCAGUGGAAUAAAGUGAACAACACUACCAGCUUUAUUCUCCAGUUUGAUGGUGCAGAGAUAAACAUCACUGCACCAGAUGGAGAUGGAGCAGUAACUCACACAGUCUCAUCUCUCACUGCUGGAACUAAAUACACAUUCACUCUCUUCUCUGUGUUUGAGAACAUCAGAAGCAGUGGAGUAAACAUCACUGCAGUCACUGCUCCUCAGAAUGCACAAGCCUUCAAGUCAACAGGUCAAGAUGAGACCAGCAUCACUCUGCAGUGGAAUAAAGUGAACAACACUACCAUCUUUAUUCUCCAGUUUGAUGGUACAGAGAUAAACAUCACUGCACCAGAUGGAGAUGGAGCAGUAACUCACACAGUCUCAUCUCUCACUGCUGGAACUAAAUACACAUUCACUCUCUUCUCUGUGCUUGACAAUGUCAGAAGCAGUGGAAUAAACAUCACUGCAGUUACUGCUCCUCCAAACACAAACAGUUUCACAUCAACAGGACAAAAUGAGACUAGCAUCACUCUGCAGUGGAAUAAAGUGAACAACACUGGCAGCUUUAUUCUCCAGUUUGAUGGUACAGAGAUAAACAUCACUGCACCAGAUGGAGAUGGAGCAGUAACUUACACAGUCUCAUCUCUCACUGCUGGAACUAAAUACACAUUCACUCUCUUCUCUGUGUUUGAGAACAUCAGAAGCAGUGGAGUAAACAUCACUGCAGUCACUGCUCCUCAGAAUGCAGAGAGCUUCAAAUCAACAGGACAAAAUGAGACCAGCAUCACUCUACAGUGGAAUAAAGUGAACAACAAUACCAGCUUUAUUCUCCAGUUUGAUGGUACAGAGAUAAACAUCACUGCACCAGAUGGAGAUGGAGCAGUAACUCACACAGUGUCAUCUCUCACUGCUGGAACUAAAUACACAUUCACUCUCUUCUCUGUGUUUGAGAACAUCAGAAGCAGUGGAGUUAACAUCACUGCAGUCACUGCUCCUCAGAAUGCAGAAAGCCUCGAAUCAACAGGUCAAGAUGAGACCAGCAUCACUCUGCAGUGGAAUAAAGUGAACAACAAUACCAGCUUUAUUCUCCAAUUUGAUGGUACAGAGAUAAACAUCACUGCACCAGAUGGAGAUGGAGCAGUAACUCACACAGUAUCAUCUCUCACUGCUGGAACUAAAUACACAUUCACUCUCUUCUCUGUGUUUGAGAACAUCAUAAGCAGUGGAGUAAACAUCACUGCAGUCACUGGUUAG